AGUUAAUUUUAGGCAUAAUUUGCACUAAUUUUAAUAAUUUGAUUUGAUGAUGUUCGGUAUCAGUAAUCAGUGAACAAUAAUUACGGUUGAGCAAUCGACCGUGAAGAAGUGGAAAAGGGAAGGAGCUCGUGCGCCAUUACCGAACCCAACUGUAUGCGUUAGAGUCGGAGCGAUCGAGGUUUCGAAUCCCUCCCAAGAUCCUCAGCUCUCACUCUGCGGGCCCUUCCGACCGUUCAAUUCAAGCGCUCAGCUCGCAAUGUUCGGCAACAACGGCAUAGCAAUAUCCGUCUCCGACGACGAGCCGGACGAGCUCGGCCGGAUGCGGGUCCGGGUCAGGAGGAAGCGAAAGAAGCACAGCGGCCCCCGAGUCAGGGCUGAGUGGACCCGGCGGGCCAGGAGGGUGCUCGCGAAGUACUGGCUCUUCCUCGUCCUCGUCCCUGCCGCUGGGCUGCUCCUGUUCGAGGCGUCCCGGAUUGGGCGGGGCUUGAGUUCCGGAGACAGUGAGGCAGAGAGCGCGAGGAUGGGAUCCGACUCGCGGGUCAGCAAGAAGCCUGGCGUGGAGAAGCGGCCGGAGGCAAACUUGGAUCGGCUUGAUCCGACCACCCAUGUCGUCCGCGGUGUCAGAGAGCGGUGCUUGAAGCUCCUACCCCCAGAAGAAAUUCAGCUUCUGGAUAUCCCUUCAACAAAAGAGUCCUCCAGUCCUAUCAAAAAUGUGGUAUACAAGUCAGAGAAUGAUGCAUCAUAUGAUGAUGGGAAAGUCAUAUUUCCGCAGCAGCAAAGUGAAGUUACGAGAUUCAAUCUGUUUACAGGGAAUCAAACUUUUGAGCAGCGGGAAAAAAGUUUUAAGGUGAAUGAGAUUGUUAAAGUACAUUGCGGUUUUUACAGUGAAAAUGGGGGAUUCAAGAUAUCUGAUGAGGAUAAACAUUACAUGGAAUCUUGCCAAGCUGUAGUAGCUACUUGUGCUUUUGGUGGUGGAGACAAUCUUUAUCAGCCUAUUGGGAUGGAGGAGUCAUCUCUUAGCAAGGUUUGUUAUGUUGCUUUCUGGGAUACAAUCACUCUCGCGACUCAAGAAUCAGAGGGGCAUAAAGUUGGAGAGGAUCGAUUUAUUGGGAAGUGGCGCAUUGUGGUUGUGAAUGAUCUCCCAUUUACAGACCAAAGAUUGAAUGGAAAAAUUCCAAAGAUGUUAGGCCACCGCCUCUUUCCUCGAGCAAAGUACUCUAUAUGGGUCGACUCGAAGUCUCAGUUCAGGAGGGACCCCAUGGGUGUGUUGGAAGCUCUUCUCUGGCGGUCAAAUUCGGUACUGGCCAUUUCCGAGCAUGGAGCUCGUAGCAGCGUGUAUGACGAAGCUAAGGCUGUUGUCAGAAAGAACAAAGCCACCCCAGAAGAGGUUGAGGUUCAACUGACUCAGUACCGCCAGGAUGGCCUUCCCGAGGAUAAAAGAUUUAAUGGCAAAAAAGCUCUAUCCGAAGCCUCGGUCAUCGUGAGGGAGCACACACCAGUGACUAAUCUGUUCAUGUGCCUGUGGUUCAACGAGGUGGUCCGGUUCACUUCUCGCGACCAGCUGAGCUUCCCAUACGUUCUCUGGCGGUUGAAGGUGCUGAAGAACAUUAACAUGUUCCCAGUCUGCACCCGCAAGGAUCUCGUUAACAGCAUUGGCCACAUACGUAAGGCUAAGCCGUUGAUAAAGACACGUUGAUUCUCCUUGAAGAAGCUGAUUCUUCGAUCGAUUCUUUCUAUUCUCUUUUCGUGAACAGGUCGGCAGAGAGCAUGCUAAUUGGUCAUAUUCUUUGUAAAGGGUAACUGAUGUGUAGUGAGGUGGUCUUAUUUCUGUUUCAGAUGCCUACUGAUUGCUGGGUAAAGGAAAAAAAAGAAAGGAAAAAAAAAAAACUUAGAGCAUUGUGUUCGGUGGAAUCUUAAACCGUGUUUGGAUUGAGGUGAAAGGAGAGGAAGAAAAUAUUUUCAAGGAUAUGAUUUUUACGGAGGGUAAAGAAAAUUGAGGUUAUAUUUUCUUUGGACCA